AUGAUAAUAACAAAAAAUAUAAAAAGUUUUAGAAGCACUAAGAGAGCCUUCAAGGAACUAACUCUUCAAAAGAAAUGGAUACAAACACUUGAAAACAAUUCUGAAGAGACUAAGUCAAGAAAAGAUGUGAUAGGCCACGCCACCAAAUUUUAUAAACAACUAUACAAAAAGAAGAAAGACGAAAGUACAUUGAAAGAAGAAAUUGAUAAUAAAUCUAGAGUAAAUAUAGUUAAACCAAUAAAAGAAGAAGAAAUACUCUCGCAUAUAAAAACACUAAAAAAUGAAAAAGUCCAGGGCCCGAUGGGUUAA